AUGGCGCUGCAGGGGCUGAAGGUGCUCGAGAUUGCGGGUCUGGCCCCGGUGCCCUACUGCGGCCUGGUGCUAGCUGACUUCGGGGCCGACGUAGUGCGCAUCGACAGAUGGCCGACCGGUGGCAGCCUCAGCGCUGACGUCCUGGCUCGCGGCAAACGCUCCCUCGCUCUCGACCUCAAGAAACCCGAAGGCGUGCAAACGCUGCUACAGCUGGCGGAGAAAGCGGACGUGCUGAUCGAGCCCUUUCGACCGGGCGUGAUGGAGCGGCUGGGCCUUGGUCCCGACAACGGGUACUACGCGCAACGAGCUGGCCACGACAUCAACUACAUCGCCGUGGCCGGCGUCCUGUCGCUACUCGGCCGGCGCGGGGAGAAUCCGCUCUUUCCGGGCAACCUCCUGGGGGACUUUGCGGGCGGAGGCAUGCUCUGUGCGCUGGGCAUUCUGCUGGCCGUGAUCGAGCGCUACAAGUCGGGCAAGGGGCAGGUAGUCGACGCCGCCAUGGUCGACGGAGCAUCUUAUCUUUCAACAUUCAUCCACAACCACCGACACACGGGCAUCUGGGGCAACGCGCGGGGAUCGAAUGUGCUCGACUCCGGCGCUCCCUUCUACGAGACCUAUCGCACCAAGGAUGGCAAGUACGUCGCCGUGGGCGCUAUUGAGUCGCAGUUCUACCACAACCUGAUCAAGGUUGACCCUAGA